CAGUAAUGUAAUUAGAGUAAGAGAAUUAAGGCGAGCGUGGCCCACAGGCCCAGUGCGACACACGCAGCCACCGCAGCACCAUGCCCAAGGACGACGCGGAGACCACGGCGCUCAAGAAGGAGCUCAACGAUCUCAUCGCCAAGUGCAAGGCGGAGCAGGAGAAGGCUGCGGAUGUGAAGCUAGCGGAGAAGUGCGGGGACAUGGGCGACGUGCCCAAGAUCCGCCUCGUGGUCAAGAAGACGCUCAAGGGCCACAUCAACAAGGUCAACUCCGUGCACUACAGCGGCGACUCUAGGCACUGCGUGACGGGGUCGCUGGACGGCAAGCUGAUCAUCUGGGACACGUGGAGCGGCAACAAGGUGCAGGUCAUCCCGCUGCGCUCCGCCUGGGUCAUGAGCGUCGCCUUCGCGCCCUCGGGCAAUUUUGUCGCGUGCGGCGGCAUGGACAACAUGUGCACGGUGUAUGACGUGAACAACCGCGACGCGACGGGCUCCGCCAAGAUGGUGCGCGAGCUGGCCGGCUACGAGGGCUUCCUCAGCUCCUGCCGCUUUCUCGACGACACGCACAUCCUCACCGGCUCCGGCGACAUGAAGAUUUGCGUGUGGGACCUGGAGGUCGGCAAGAGGGAAGUGGACUUCAACGCGCACGCCGGUGACGUGGUCAGCAUCUCCCUCGCGCCAGACAUGAAGACGUUCGUGACGGGCUCGGUGGACCGCACGUGCAAGCUGUGGGACGUGCGCGCCGAGAAGGAGAAGCAGACCUUCUUCGGCCACGACGCGGACGUCAACUGCGUCUGCUACCACCCGGGCGGGCAGGCGUUCGCGACGGCGUCGGAGGACAAGACGGCGCGGCUGUUCGACAUCCGCAGCGACCAGCAGAUCGGCCACUACACGCCGCCCGGCAACUCUGGCUUCACCAGCUGCGGUCUGUCGUUCAGCGGCCGGUACCUGCUGGCCGGUUCCGACGACAACUCCAUCCACUCCUGGGACACCCUCAAAGUUGCUCAUACCGGAACGCUGAACGCCCAUGAGAACCGCGUGACGUCCAUCUCGUUGGCGCCCAACGGCAUCGCGCUCGCCUCCUGCUCCUGGGACCAAAGCGUUCGCGUGUGGGGCUGAGUGCCCACGCCCACACCCCACACCCUUGGUAUACAUAUAUAAACUGAGCUAGAAGCGACAUACACGUAAAAACACGUUCCGUUUGAAGUCAGCUAAUCAGCUUGGUUGCGUUUGCGUUGCGUUGCAGUCCGUCACGCUUCAUACAAUAUAUACCGCUUCUACGUCAUUUUAUAUAUUAUGUAUUCUAAGCCCACACCUUAUAAUAAGUCCUAGUCACUACUCAACAUUGGAUGUCAUUCUAGAACUUGUAAUCUAUAUUUAAAAUUUCCCUUUUCUCUUAUUAUGUAGGAAUUCGAAUUCUAAAUCAUGUUAAAAUCUUUAUUUACUCUUCAUAACUGUUAUGAUAUAAUUUAAUCGCUGUUAUUAAAUUUUAAACGAUUA